GGGAAUAUACAUAUUUCCCCCGCCCCUCCGUCGGAUAGCGACAAUGCUGAUGCCGGGGUCUCCGCGCCCGGGUACGCCCGCUCCUCAAGAUGAGGUCGACGGCGUGUAUCGCUCCCUGUUCCAGCAGCCAGUGGUGGAAAUUCCUCCGACCGCUCCGUCUUACGCCUGGUUCGAGUUUCUGCUGCAGCCGGAGGCACUCCAGAAACACCUGACCACCCUCCGCCAGCAAAAGAAGGCUGACGUACACAGCGCCACGUCCGCCAUCGAGUUGGUGCGCGAGUUCCUGGACCAGGCGCAACUGGUUGCUGAUGAGGGCAACGUACGCAAUAAACGCUACAGUGCGCUACUGCUGGUAGCGGCCCAAGUGGCGCUGCAGAUGCAACUGCCACUAUCCGUCAUCGAGGAGGCGCUACCCCUGCACUUCCAGCGACUGCUGCUCGACGGUAUCGUAGACUUCGCCGAGCAGCCGUCCAGCCGCCGCAGCGAGUUUACAAAUGCCAUUACCCUUCAGCCCUACGAGGCGCAUGUGCUGCACAACCGCUGGACACUGCGCACACUCGUGAACCAGUCCCAGAACGGAUACUUGACCUGCAGUACGCGCGGCGAGGGCGAGGAGAUCUCGUCCACGUACCAGAUGGCGCUGGGCGAUCUCAUGGCCAAUCACCUUCAGAUCGCGCAGAACAUUCAGACGAUUCUCAUGAAGGACGAGAAGCAAAAGCUCUCAGUGCUGGCACAGCUGGAAACAUACUACGACCUGGGCAUGUAUUUUUUCAGCUUCAACGGGUUUGAAAAGGCCUACAGCUGUUUCAGUCGAGCCUCGGAGCUUGUGGACGACGCAGAAAAUGCGAAUCUGGAAGGAUACCUCGCUGCAUGUGAAGCAGUGCUGGAAAUGCAGUCGGUGAGCGAGAGUCCCUCAGUCCUCAAGACACCAAAGUUACAGAUCGCAAUGGCCUGGGAAGGUCGAGAAUGGGACAAAGUAGUUGAACUCCUUGAGAAUGAUAUCGUAGCCUCGGACCUGGAUCGACUGCCACUAAGUUAUCGUGCGGCGCUGGAGCAGCAGGCUCUGCGACUGUUGCGAUCCAGUAGCAACAACUCAGUAGAGUACGAUCCGCAGAUUUCCACUCAUACCAUUCGCUUUUUCUACAAACGGAUUGUGAUGGAGAAUGCUACUUGCGUCUGUGUCUGCAUCCGACUGCUUCAGGACGAGAUCUUUCACACCACAUGGCUCUGUAUGCUCAAACGGGCCUAA